AUGAAAACCAAAUACAAUAAAUUGUCUCCUAUUGAUCAAUCCAAAUCAUUUAAACCUGAACUACUCAAUGAUUACUAACUAAAAAUGAAUAUCUUAAAAUAAAAAAUUAUUCAUGAACGAUCCUCUCUUCGAUAAAUAAAUGGAGACCUAAGAAAAAUCUCAUAGGAACUCCAUAACAGAAUCUUUAAUUAAAAAUUCAAUUUCAAUAAACUUCUUAAAUAAAAUUAGUUUAUCAAUCACUAAUCUCAAAAGGACUCUAAUCCUGUAUUAAACAUACUUAAAAAAGAAUAACUAUUAUAAUAACAAUUGCAAUUAGAAUUAUCAAAACAAAAUAUGACUUAAUUUACUAACUAUGAAUAAGAACAUGAUAAAUCUCAACUCCUAGAUAAAAUAACUAUUAAUAAAAAAAAAUAAAAAUCAAAAUAUCGUGACAUUUUAAAAUCAAUUUUCAUUAAAUCUAUUGCUUAAUCCUUUCAUGAUGACUCUAUCAAUGUCAUCAAUUAUCUGACCAAACCUAAAUCCAUAUCCAUUAAUGAAUAAACCUAUCAACCCUCUCACAAUAGUUCUAUUAAACCUAUUGA